AUGUACUCAUUGACCAUACGAGCGACUCGUGUCCAGCAAAUGGCUAAAUAUUUAUCGGUAGUGAUCGUCGUAAUCAUAGUCUGUGUGGAUGUGGUACCGGUGCUGGGUAUCUCAGAAUUAUGGGACGUCAUCCGCGCGGAAACUACCGGCGCUGAUGAGAGCGACUAUACCCCGGAUAGCUCGGACACCUCCAGUCCCCUCAUCAACAACAAGCUGUUUCUCGACGAGAAGCAGGCGCUCGACAUGUUUGGCGGUCAUCGGGAACGGGACGGCGCCGUCGCCAACAACCGGUUCGGUCGCAGUCGACGCGGUAUUGUCGACGAGUGUUGCCGUAAGCCCUGUACUAUCAAAGAGUUGUACAGCUAUUGCGAGUGAAGGGCUAAUAAAAUACUUAAUUUUUAUUUAUAACGGGGGUAUUCAUUAAGUACGUACCCCC